CUGGCCGUGAUAGUAGGCUAAUGCUCUCAGGAGGGUACAGAGCAACAUUAACUUACACGGGAGCUGCUUUGGAUUUAUGACUGUCUGCUUGCAUUCGCCGUGUGUUUUCAACGGACUAUCCCAAAUUCAGCUUUGUGUGGUAGCCCGAAGAGAAAAAAUGGUUACCAUGGAUGAACUUCGCGAAAUGGAGUGCAGCGUUUUGAAAAGGUUGCUGAAGGACGACAGCGCAAAAUGUCUGGUAUUGGACUGCAGAUCUUUUCUGGCAUACAGCGCCGGACAUAUCCGAAGCGCAGUAAACAUUCGCUGUAACACAAUCGUACGAAGACGGGCAAAGGGAUCGGUUAGUUUGGACCAAAUUCUGUCGGGGGACGAGGAAGCCCGAGGCAGAUUAAAAUCGGGACUGUAUUCUGCAGUUAUUUUGUACGACGAGAGGACACCGGACGCGGACACAAUAAAAGAAGACAGCACAAUCACACUAGUGCUUAAUGCGAUAUACAGGGACACCUUCGGAACUGAAGCAUAUCUCCUUAAAGGAGGCUUCGACAGAUUCUUCUCUCAGUAUCCUGACUUUUGUUUAAAAACCAAAUCAUUGCCGUCGUCAACCACCCCUCUGUCUGUCAUAGACUCCAGCUUUACCUCCUGUGGAACCCCUCAGCACGACCAGGGUGGUCCAGUGGAAAUCCUGCCGUUUCUGUUUCUCGGCAGUGCGUUACACGCUUCCAAGAAGGAUAUGUUGGACGGCAUGGGGAUUUCUGCUCUACUGAAUGUAUCGUCGAACUGUCCCAAUCAUUUUGAGGGCAUAUACCAGUACAAGUGCAUUCCCGUCGAGGACAACCAUAAAGAGGACAUCAGCUCAUGGUUUAUUGAAGCCAUUGAGUUUAUUGACUCGGUGAAGGACUCCAACGGGCGCGUGCUGGUGCACUGUCACGCGGGCAUCUCGCGCUCGGCCACCAUCUGCCUGGCGUACCUGAUGAUGAAGAAGCGCGUGCGGCUGGACGAUGCCUUCGAGUUCGUCAAGCAGCGGCGCAGCAUCAUCUCGCCCAACUUCAGCUUCAUGGGGCAGCUGCUGCAGUUCGAGUCGCAGGUCCUGGCCACCAGCUGCGCGGCCGAGGCGGCCAGCCCCGGCGCCACCACGCUGGGCUCCAAGUCUUCCUCGGUGCCCCCCUCGCCCACGUACAUCUUCAGCUUCCCGGUGUCGGUGGUGGCGGCGGCGGGCCACGGGCACGGGCAGCCCAGCAGCCUCUCCUACCUGCAGAACCCCAUCACCACGUCGCCCAGCUGCUGAUACAUGGAGCCCAGGCCGUGGCCUUAAGAGACCCACUUGCACAACAGAGACUUGCUUUGUUUUUUUAACCGCCCAAGGCUGGGAUGGGUUUCUGCGCUCUGCUGGUUGAGGUUGUCCCAAGAGGACAGACUGGUGUGAGGGCGGGGGGUUGAUGCAGAUUGUGUGUUGUAGGGGCAAUUUUUUUCUGUUUGUUUCUGGCCUCACAAUUGUCACGUAUAACCUGGACACAGAUCUGCUAGGAGGCGGAGCAGUCGAAAGACGAGCUCUCGUCCGCUGCACCCCCCCACCCCCCCCCACACACACACACACACCUGAAACCCCAGCUGCAGAAACCUGCUCCGGCUGGCUGCCACCGCCGCAGCGUUUUAUACACUGGACCGGACUUCCGAGGACGGACACGUUUGAACAUUAACAGUCAUGAAUCACAUCGCAGCCCGACGGGCCUAGCUCUCAUUUCCUAUGGUGGCUUCCGAACUCUGACACUGAUACUGCUGCUUGGUGAGAGGAGAGUGAGUGAAAACAAGAGAGUGAGAGAGAGAGAGAGAGAGAGAGAGAGAGAGAGAGAGAGAAGGAGGGAUGGAGGGAAAGAGGAGAAACGAGUGUGAGGACAUUAAUCCUCAGUGUAAACCCAGCAGUACUCUUGACUUCCUGAGGCAGUCCAGGAGGCCCCCUCAGCUCUGACAGGCGCUGCACCUUGCUCUCUGGGCUUCCUGUUUCCAACCGCUCUCCAUCUCCCCUCACACACACACACACACACACACACAUACACACACACAUAGACAUACACGCUCUCACACACAGUUGUUUCCACCGGGUGGGACUGCAUCAGAGAAUCCUUUACUAUAAGCUCAUUCAUUGUCACACUUAAACGUUGGAGCACAGGAGAAGAGGGUGAUGAAGAUGACGAAGAGUCGGGUUUCUCAGUGGCAGUGACGCUCGAAAACAAUAUGGCCGUCCCAAUCUCACUUUGCCGUGUCAGUUAGUCCUGACAAAUUUCCAACAGGACUUUUAGUUCACGGUCGAGUGUGCUACUAUACGAUACGUUUUUUGGCUGUGCCUUGAACCCAGAAGGUACUAGAAAGACUUUUCUGUUUGUUUAUUUUUUUGUUUGUUUGUUUGUUUGUUUGUUUAGAGCGCUUUUUUUGGAUCAUCCCUGCCCUUUUUAAUUUUUUUCCCUCCCUUUGCCAUUGUACACAUAUGGAUCCAUGGACCGAUCUUGAGACACUGCAUUUAAACUGCAAUAGAGACGCUAGGCUCCGUGUCUGUUUCCUCAUUGAGUAGAGCAAUAAUGUUUUCUUCUUUCUUCCCAGUUGCCACCAAAGCACUGCAGUGUUGUUUGUUUUUUUUUUCCUCCAUGAGUUUCUCUUUUUUGUCUUGAUGGUGUGUGUGAGUGUGUGUUAUUCACCUCCCUCAUUUUUCACAUCUCUUUGUUUAACUUAUGAUUUUUUUUUGUUCCUUGCUAAUUUAUACGCAAAAAAGCUCAGAAGUUAUUUCAGCUUUAUGCCUUAUUGAUGACUGUGGAGUUCUCAAAAAUAUAUAGGAAUGUUCUCCUGAGUCUGCGCACACUGUGGUGUUUCACCAUUUGAUUGCUCUGUCAAGAAGAGAGGUAGGGAAGCACGAUGUCGAGUUAUCAAUGUAACCACCGUAGACAACCUUGGAAGAGGAGCAAGAUUGGUAACCAUGCUCAAUUGAUAAGAGUCAACAUGACCUGUAGAACACAAUCACCAUAACCCAAAUACACUGUAACUCUGAGAAGAGACUCUGAGAUUUUGUUAUCAUCCAGAAACCAUUUUUUGUAAGACGACAGUGAAUUUAGACUCACGGCUCCAUGAAAAAAAAAUUGCAUUUCAAUCAUACUAUCUGCCUUUAAAAUACUAGCCAAAUUAUGUUGUCAUCAUUUUUACAAACCUUACCACCCUGGCUCUUGAGGGGUGGGGGGGGUAUGAGACUCAGCUUUCAUUUGGUUUAGAGAAUGUGGGCACCUUUUAUAGAGCACUUUUAAGUGAUGCAAUAUUGUGAUAUAUUUUGUUUUGAUUUUUUUUUUUUUUUUUUGCACAUUGGAAUAGGUGGUAUCUGAUAUUUCUAAUGCUCAUCCGUUAUACUGUUUAGAGUAGGUCAAUGAAAAUGAAAAUGUGUACAUUUUGUCAACAAUCACUGAAGAAUGCAAUACUUUUUAUCUGUUAAUUGAAAUGUUAUUGACUCUCUAAGGCAAUAUCAUUUGAGAAAGGUUGGAUUUGUAGAGAAUUCCUCUUGUUUUGAUGUAUGGUAUGUACAUUUUAUUUAUUUCUGCAGAUUCAUUGUUAAAUACAACAAUGUUCUUAA